AUGAUUCCUCUUUUAUUACGUCUUUUGUUACUCGACUGCAUAAAGAAUUUUUUAGUCAAAUACUUUGGUCCACUCGGUUAUUUCUUGGGUCUUGAGGUUACUCACUCUGAUGCCAGUCUCUUUCUCAGUCAGGUGAAAUAUGCACAUGACAUUUUGUCUCAUGCUGGACUGUUAGAUUCCAAACAUGUUGCCACUCUUCUUGCUACCACCGAUACUUUUCUUAGCAAGGGUGUCCUGUUUCAUAAUCCUACUCUUUACAGGUCUCUAGCUGGAGCUCUUCAGUAUCUCACCAUUACCAGACCAGAUAUCUCUUAUGCAGUCAAUCAAGCCAGUCAACAUCUACAGGCCCCUACAACAUCUCAUUUUCAGUUGGUUAAACGGAUACUCCAUUAUGUUAAAGGGACAAUUGCUUUUGGAUUAACUUUCUCCAAACCAACUUCAACAACCAUCGUUGGCUACUCUAAUGCAGACUGGGCCCGUUGUAUUGAAACCAAACGCUCCACUUACGGUUAUUCUAUUUAUUUGGGUGGCAAUCUGGUUUCCUGGAGUGCGAAGAAACAACCUACAGUCUCUCGCUCUAGUUGUGAAUCUGAAUAUCAUGCCAUUGCAAAUACUACAGCUAAAAUCAUCUGGCUUACUCACCUUCUUCAAGAACUACGCGCACUACCUAUGGCUCGUCCGACUUUGCUUUGUGACAAAAAAGUGCUAUUUUUCUAA